AGGCGUGGUGUCGGCAGGCAAGAUGGAGCCGACUGUGGCCGGUGUGGGCCGGCUAGAGGAAGAGGCACUGCGGCGAAAGGAAUGGCUGAAGGCCCUACGGGAGAAAAACGGGCGCAAGGACAAGGAAGAUGGGGAGCCAAAGACCAAGCAACUUAGAGAAGAGGAGGAAGAAGGCGAGAAGCACAGGGAACUUAGACUGCGGAACUAUGUCCCAGAGGAUGAGGACCUGAAGAAGAGGAGGGUGCCCCAGGCCAAACCGGUUGCCGUGGAAGAGAAGGUGAAGGAGCAGCUGGAGGCUGCCAAGCCCGAGCCCGUCAUCGAGGAGGUGGAUCUGGCCAACCUCGCUCCUCGGAAUCCUGACUGGGACCUCAAGAGAGAUGUGGCCAAGAAGCUGGAGAAACUGAAAAAGACGACUCAGAGGGCCAUUGCCGAGCUGAUCCGUGAAAGACUGAAAAAGGUCAGGAAGACAGCCUAGCCUCUGCAGUGGACGCUGCCACCGAACAGAAGGCCUGUGACUCCCACUGAGGUAUGCUCUGCCCUGCCACGCGCCUGUCAGGCCUGUCCUGCAGGGGGUGGUCUUGGGCAGGGAUCGGGGUGAGGCUUGCCAUCACCUCCAGUUUAGCUUCUGAGCAGAGACUUCCUUCUUAUCAAGUCUGAAACCCCCAUGGGUGAGGUCAGCUCCUUGUCUCCUGAGUGGCCCCUGUCAUUCUAAAUGGAGGCAGAACAGCAGCAACUCUGGGUGUGCCUGUGUCUGUACAUGUGUAUGUAUAUAUGUAUGUAUUUUGAACUUUAAAAAAAAAUCUAUGAAAUAGACAAGAAAA